GAGAAGAGAGAGAGAGAGCGAGAGAGCCGGAGCACCGCGUCUCUCUCUCCCUAGCAGGCUUCUGUCCAGCCUGUGUGGUCCGUCGGGGCUGGGGUGUGCUCUCCUCCGCUGUUGCUAAGGAGAUGGACGUCGCGAACGGAGCUGAGGUCCGGGCUGAGCUGUCCACAUCGCCUCCUCCUAGUCGUUCAGCGCGCAACGCGUGUAUGUGUGUUUACCGGAAUCAUCGCCAACAACGUGACGCGCCAGUGGCAGCUCUGCAGCAGCAGCCAGGACCAGCGGAGCUGCAGCCCAGGAGCUGAAGAAGCAAAGGUUUGACCGGCAGCCGCUUGACGAAUGCUACCUGGCCGAGACGUCGGCUUAGGCUCGACAACGGAGCAUGGCGUCCACAGGCAUGCAGAUAUUUGGAUUUGUGCUGGCGCUUUUGGGCAUCAUGGGCGCCAUGGUGGCCACAUUGCUGCCCAACUGGAAGGUGAGCGCCGACGUGGGCUCCAACAUCAUCACGGCCAUCUCCCAGAUGCAGGGACUGUGGAUGGACUGCACAUGGUACAGCACGGGAAUGUUCAGCUGCACGCUCAAGUAUUCCGUGCUUUCGCUUCCGGCGUACUUGCAGACUGCGCGCACCACCAUGGUGCUGUGCUGCGUACUGGCGGCCAUGGGGCUCUGCCUGGCUUCCCUGGGACUCAAGUGUACGCGGUGGGGAGGGGGGCGGCGUUCCAAGCGGCACGCGGCCAUCGCCAGCGGCGGCUGCUUUGUCGCCGCCGGCUUUCUGUGCCUGGUGCCCGCUUCCUGGUUUACCAAUGAGGUCAUCACCAACUUCCUGGACUCCACCGUGCCCGAGAGCAAUAAGUUUGAGCCCGGGGGCGCCGUGUACGUGGCCUUCGUUUCCGCCGGGUUCCUCCUAAUGGGGGGCUCCAUCUUCUGCGUGUCCUGCUCGGGGAAAAGGCACGGACCCCAGGACUUGGUCCUGCUCCCCCCGCCUGACAAAUUGCUACUGCAGCAGCAGCAGCAACAGCUGCUCCAACAACAGGAGCUCCAGCAUCAGUAUUGCUCUCUCUCCCCGCUGGACAAUAAGACUGGCUACAGCCUGCAGGACUAUGUGUAGCACAAGCAGUGGUUUUAAUCUCCCAGCAGCACCUUGGAGCAAACACACCGAAGGCGUCAGGAAGCACGGAUGAGGUGCCGCACAAUCCGAGGGGGGGCCGCGAACCAAAUGCAAGCUCAUCGGUAAAUGACUGGGAGCGUUCCCUGGGGAGCGGAUUAAGCAAAUAGGAAGGAUGCCGACGCCCUCCCCGCCAAAGGUUUGAAUCAAAAGAAAAAAAAAAAAAAGCAAUCACUUAGCUGCUAUUUACAAUCUUUUGGAGCGCUUUCAAUUGAAAACAAAUACAGUAGCUGGACGUCCUUUCAUAGAUAGGCCCUAUUUUUGUUUGCUGUUCCAGUAACUUUGAUGUCUUGCCGCUAAGCAUGCCCUGUGGAGCCUGUCCUGUGUUUUAAAACAGCGGGAUGGAUGGGUAGAAGUCCGUGAUAUAGCCACACAAUAUGCCUGUGCCUGAAAAAGCUGUCGAGACAUUAGAGGAGGAGGAGACGUGGGCUGCUGGGCAGGUUUUGAGUAAAUGCAGACAAACAGAUGCUUGCUCUCCUCCUCUCGGCAGGUGGAAAUGUGAGAGAGACGGAGAGGGGCGAAAGGCAAAAAAAAGAUGGAAUCUUUGAGCAAACCAUGUGGGAGUGAGCUGUUAUCAUAUCGCCAUCCUGAAAGCACCCCGUCGCUAAGCUGCCAAUUCUGGCCAAAGUAACCAUUUCUGGCACACCGGCGCCCCAUUAGACAUGCACUACUCCCCCACAUACUUGUGUGUCCUUACAGACACAGCCAACACACACACUCAUGCUGCUUUUUGCAUGUUUUCAUCCUCCUAUCCUCCUUCACGCUACCAUGGAAACCAAAUUAUUGUCUGAGGGGCCGGUGCUUGUCAGCCAAGUGAUUUGUUUGUGGUAGGACAUCUCUUCUUUUUUUUUUUUUUGCUUCUUCCCAUUGUUCCAUAAGCUUCAAUCAGAGCCUCUGUGUACACGACUUAGUCUAAUCCCCUUUAUUAGCCAGCGAGAAGAGGCAGCGUCCAUGUUGAAUUGUUUUUUUCGAGAUGCAUUUCGUGGCUGGAGUGGUAUCGAGGCAAAUGUGAAACCUCUCGAGUCACGGUCGAACGGCUCGCUAUGAGGCUGGCAGGCAUAACAAAAGGUUGGAGUCAUUCUCCAUAUGUGACUUGUUUUCCAAACGUGUCAGCAUGGAGGCUGCACCUGCAGAAGGUCUCUGUGUCUUAAACAGAAACCACUUGACUGCUAUCGCCACACAGACAUGCAAACACGUAUCCUCUGUCCCGCUUUCGUCACACGUCACAUGGAUGCGAUAGUUGACGGCAGAACUCUUGAUGCAUGUUGAAAGCAUGAGCCAACACACACACAUACGCUUCACCUACUCAAAUGUCAGGGGCACUGUUGCGCUUUCACACUUUGCUGUCCCAGUGUGCGUGUAGAUUUUUUCUCGAGGAGGAAUGGGGAAAUGUUGGAAAUUAUAACGGAGGCAGGUUUUGGCAAUGAUGCGCAGGACCGCACAGUUUCCUCCUGCUUUCUCAUAAACACUCAGCUUUCUGUGGAGGGAGCAGAUGGCUAAGCCCAGCUCGCCACCUGCAGGCCGCUGCCGGCACACCGCGAGGCAUCACUACGGGCUUCAUCUCCAGCCCUGGCAGCACUCUGCGACCAGGUUUCUACGCCAUCUUGCCCCAGCAUCUAAAACAGAGCUGGCUUGCUGACAAUAACUCAGUGCCCUGGCACCAGAAGCAAUGCAAUAAACAAAAUAAAAAAACGCGAAGAAUGUGCCAUAUCAUUAAGUAAUACUGACGUUUUUUGCGUUUCAAGAAUGUGCCAAAUACUGUAGUCUCGAUGACAUUUUAUGACUAUCCGGAAUGGUUUAUCUUUAUUUUUCUAAUGUGUUCUUUGUAUAUGAAUUGUACAUUAGCGAAUGUUUUAUGGAUUUAUUCUGCCAGACUAAGUCUCAAGUCAACUAGAUGCUUGUGUGCAGUCCAGCGCGGCUUUUGAGGGUUAUUUGAAAUCCUCUUUAUUCCUGAUUUCCCAAAGCACAGUAAGAUUCGCUAAGCAUGAGUGUGGGUGGGGGACAUGAGUGUGGUAUUUUCUAAACCAAUGUAUUCAUUUAGGAGUGUUCAAGAGGUCGAUGGCAGCUGUACACAAGUAUCUACGUGUUUGUUUAUGCUGAGGGACUUGGAAUUCUCUCCGAUUGUUCCAAAAGAAGAUACAAUACCAUGAUCAUACCAUAUCUUCUUUAUAAGAAGAGUACGCCAAUGCACCUUUUUUGUGUUACUAUUUUGAGAGUAGUUUGUUUCCAAUGGUUGAGCAUUUCAAGCUCCCUGCACCAGUACAAACACUACGCAAGUGGCACUCUGGAAAAAAAAAAAGGGGGGGGGGGGGGAUGACGUCUGAGCGCUCCGGCGGGGAGUUACGAGCGAGAGGUUCCUCUUUUUUGUGUGUCUGUGCAGCUUGAUAUCAGCACGCAAUUGCAUUAGCUUAGAAAUGGGCCCGAGUGCAAAGUGGUCCUAUGAAUUUAAAAAGUUACAAAUGUGCAUAGAAACUGUACCGAUGCAUUGAUUUAUCUUUUUGAUAAAACUGCAGCUUAUUUUUGUGGAUGCUUUAGCACUUCUUACUUUGCCAGAGCAUAAUUGUGACGAGCAGCUCACAGGUUGUGUGAAACAGUUGUCUCAAUGUGCUUGUGCAAGUAGUUCUAUUUUGUACUAAUAAAACUAUUUUAUGAAAGCAA